AUGUCAACAACCCUGAGUUUAAGACAGUUUAUCAACGAGAGGUUACACACUGCUGCUGAAGACAUAUUUGGAUGUUUUGAAGCGACUGUCGCAAAGUACGAGGAUGAGAUCGGUCGUCAGCGCAGACUGCUGGAUGUAACUUUGAAACCUGUAGUAAAGCUGCAGAGAAUAGAGCUCCCACAGCAACAUGUCUGUAUCAAGGAAGAGUUUCCUGCUGACCUGCUGGAGAGGAACCCCAGUCCAGACCAAGAGGAGCCAGAACCUCCACAGAUACAGGAGCAGCAGGAGGAGCACUGCAUCGAGCUCCCAGAGCAACGUUUUCUUAUUGAGGAUGAGUUUCCAUCUGACCAGCAGCUCUGGAACCUUGAGAGGAACCCCAUUCUGGACCAAGAGGAGCCAGAACCUCCACAGAUUAAAGAGGAGGAGGAGCACUGCAUCGGUCUGGAAGUAGAGCAGCUUGUACUGAAGCAGGAGGAUCAAGAUACCCUUUUGUUGAAUCCUACUCUCAAGGAAAGUGACCACAGUGAACCAGAACCAAGUGACCACCAGCUCCUCUCCCACAGCUCAGCUCAGAGCCAACAUCUCAAAGGAGGCAAGCAUGGAAACUCAAAAUCAGUUAGUAAUGCAGAGCAGGCAUCAGAAAAGGAACAUCAUGUCAUCACAAGAGCAAAAGGGAGGACAAGUCCCAGUAACCUUGCAUGUAGCACCACCAUGUCAAAGAUUGUGCCAAAUAUCUGCAAGAGUAAAAAGGUUUUCCAGUGUGACACUUGUGGAAAAGUCUUUAAGUUGAAGUCAGGAUUAAAUGGACAUUUGAAGGUGCACACAGAUGAGAAAUCAUAUAUUUGCAGAACCUGUGGAAAAAGAUUUGGUUACAAGUCAGCACUAAAAUCACAUAUGAGAGCCCACACAGGGGAGAAACUGCAUUCUUGCAAAUUGUGUGAAAAAAGUUUCACAACUAGCACAAAGUUGAAGAUCCACGAGAGAACGCACACGGGCGAAAAACCUUUUACUUGUAAAACAUGUGGGAGAAGUUUUAGUCAGAGGAUUAGCCUUCAAGUCCAUGAGAGAACCCACACGGGCGAGAGACCUUUCUCCUGCAAAACUUGUGGGAGAAGUUUUAGCGAGAGAAAUCACCUGCAGAGACACGAGAGAACCCACACGGGUGAGAGACCUUUCUCUUGCAAAACUUGUGGGAAAAGUUUUAGCGAGAGAAAUACCCUGCAGAGACACGAGAGAACCCACACGGGUGAGAGACCUUUCUCUUGCAAAACUUGUGGGAGAAGUUUUAUCCGGAGAAAUCACCUGCAGGUCCACGAGAGAACACACACGGGCGAGAGACCUUUUUCUUGCAAAACUUGUGGGAGAAGUUUUAGCCUGAGAAGUACCCUGCAGAGACACGAGAGAACACACACGGGCGAGAAACCUUUCUCUUGCAAAACUUGUGGGAGAAGUUUUAUUCGGAGAAAUUACCUGCAGAUCCACGAGAGAACGCACACGGGCCAGAAACCUUUGUAGCUGUCUGCUAAACCUGCCAGUUUAUGUAUACUGUUUUAUACUAUUAUUUAGGUUGGGCUUAUUUUCUUCUUUAUGUUCAACUAUGUAUUGGGUUAUUUCAGUUAGUAAUUUGUUGUCUUUUUACAAGUAGCGACUCCCCUAACAUGAAUACCUGUAGCUUUAACGAGCUGACCAUUUUAAUAAACGCACCCGACCCCUC